CAGCAGCGCAACACUACCGAGAGUCUGGUGUAAUUUAUCUUCACACCGCCCUCGACGUGAAAGAGGCUUUAACAGCCGUGUAUUUAUGUUGUCCAGCUUGCCAUACCUUCGUCCCGAAUGCGACUGUUGUCCGGUAGGUGCAUACAUACACAAGGGAUGCAGUUCGCCUCACUUACACGCCCCAUUUUUCCACGAGAACGAAUAAGCAUCGCCUAUCUGCUCAUAACACAGGGUAUGGAAUAUCCACAACUUACACAUUGGUAUUGGCUCUCAUUGCUCAAUUUUCUAUUGCGGUCAGUACUGUAUCAGGAUCACAUUGCAGUACUCCCCCUGCCGGUACCGAAUUCUUACCUCUUCUCACGAAACUGCGUUACGCAUUCACGCCCGAGAAUGUCUAUACUUAUGAGUGGGAUGUCCUAUCAAGGAUUCUUCCUACUUCCGUGGCGUUUUUCUAUUAUUAUCUUUGACGGCAACAAAUGAGAGACUCAAUAAACAAGGUAUGCGCAUUUCCUUGUCAUAACGUCUCGAUAAAGGAUAAAGGUCAGCAGAUACCAGGAAACGAACAGUGGCUAGCCUACUUCGAAUACCGUCUUCUAUUCGCGACCCGGGGCCUUAGACUCAAUAUUACAACCGUCUGCCUUUGAGCUUCCUCCCCAACCCAUGUUUCCCCGUCAUCCGACCCAAAUCAGGAAAUUGCACCAUUCAUUG